ACCUGCAGGAAUAUUUAAAACCAGUGCAAUUCGUUAGUGGCGGGUUUCUCAAUAACAAAAAGCAUGUACCAUCAGCAGAACAGGACAGAAAUAAAUUGAACUCUACCUUCAGUGACCAUGAUUCAGAUGACUUCAACAAGUAUGACGUCUUUAAACACUUCACCUUUGAUUUCAAUUUUGACAAAAAGAAGCAGGAAAAUGAUUUCAUAGAAGGUAAUCUAAAAAAGUAUAAUCUGAAGCAACUCAAAGAAAAGGACAAAAAGUUUUUCGAAAUAUAUGGAUUAGGGUUUAAAAUUUUAAGGAAAAUGGGCUAUCAAGAUGGCAUUGGGAAUAAAAUAAAAACGAACAUUGCUCCUAUAGAAGUUCAAAAGAAGCAUGUAAUCUUUUUAGAAGAAAAGCCACAAGAAAAUUCGAAUGAUUCCAGUUCUGAUGUUGAUUUAUACACACAGGAAAGUUAUAUUGACAUUUUUAAUGAACAAUUGUAUAGCAAAAACUUGUGGAAAAAGAAGCAUAAAUAUAACAACCUCUGGAGCUUUAAGAAGACAAAAAAAAGGGUUACCACGCAGUUAAAAUAUAACGCCUGCAUUAAUUCAAAUUUUCAUUUACACCAUGAUGGUGAUGAAUCCGAUGACAGACAGGCUAGUAAUUUACUAAAUCUGCAAAACAUGCUCAUUGAUCAUAUUAAAAAUGUCAUGUUCCAGUAUUGCGAUAUCCUAAGAAAACAACAAGAGGUUGAAACUAAAUUAAGGAAUUACCAAAGUCCUGGUUUUCACAAGGAUAUUUACAAGUUGCACGUUUUAAUUUUAAAAAAUGUCUUAACGUAUAAAUACUUGCUAAAUUUGCACACCACGCUAACCUACCCCUCUCUCUUUAACAACGCAACGUUUAAUGAAUACCUUUUUCGGGUUAAACAACAUGAGCUCAAGAUAGAGGAAGAUGAUGGUGACAAUCGCGCUGAUUAUUCUGCUGAUCAUUGUGCUGAUCAUUGUGCUGAUCAUUAUGCUGAGCAUUAUCAUGAUGAUGAUGACGAUGGACACUCAGAGCGUAAUCCUCACGUGUGUAACUCUCCUAAAGGGGGGAGAAUCACGAAAUUGAUAAAUAUCCAACCCAAUCAUUUGACUAACCCAUUUAACGAAGAAGGGGCAGGUGAAAAGGGAAACGAAACAUAUUGGGACAUCAAUUCUCCUAAGUCUCUCACCUUUGAAGAAAAGCUAAACAAUUUAUUAACAAGUAAUUAUAAGCUAUUAUGCCAAAAUGAAUACUUCAAAAUUGCCCCAAGACUAAGCGGUGCUUCUUCACAUUACAUUGGAACAUACAGGACGAUGGAUAACUUACAACACAUCUUCGAUUUAAUAGACAUUAAAAAUGUCGAAAUUGAAAAGGGAAGGGACCCGUUGCUCUUGAGUGACCUGUACACCUUUUUGUUCUUUAUUUACGAAAAUUCGCACUUCUUGUAUCUGAACAUCCGCGUGUCACGGUUUUUCUUGGAGUUCCUUCGCAUUUAUCUUCACAAUAACAAUGAACGAAUUAAAAAGCAGUUCCUCUAUGAUUACAAACACGUUGAAGAAAUAAGCACGGCAAUUGGGGGAAAUUCGAAAAAUUUCUUAAAUUCGGAAGGUUCGAAAAGCUCGGAAAGUUCGGAAAAUUCCCAGCAUCGCGAAGCGGAAAGCGAAGCAACACAAGAUAUACCAACCGCAAGAAAUCAAAAAGUUCCCACCAGGAAACAGCCCCCACCGGACAGGAACAGCCAAAGCAACCAACCCAAGUUUAACCAAAAUGAUAUAAAAUAUAUAAAAUGCUUAAAGAAAAUUCUUCUAAUCGGAGCAGAGCAAAACCGUAUGAUGGAAUAUCGAGAAAUUGAAAAAAAAUUUGACAACAUAAUAUACUACACCUAUGUGUACCCCGUAUUGUAUAGAAAAAAUUUUCCAGAACUUUACAGUCAUAUAAAACUUCUUAAGGACGCCAUCAAUAUAGAAUAUUAUAAAAAUAUAUUAACGCUUUUUAUUGAAAAAAGAAUAAUGUCCAGUGUCGAAAACAUCGAAAAUGGCGAAAUAGAGGAGCACACUCUACAGGACAUACAAAAGAAACUAUCCAUUCUGUUUGAUAUUAACAAACAGUUUGACAUUGGCUCCACCUUAUCCAGAUACUACACACAUUCUAUAUGUCCGUAUUUGCAAAAAUUUGAUCUGUCAGAAAAUUAUAUAGAACUCAUCAAAUUAGCACUUAUGGAAAGUAUGUACAAAAAGGAAAUUUUCGAAACUGUUGUAAAAAGGAUAAUUUGCGAAUUAAUUGACAUAGAUUUUGUGAACGACAAUUUUGUGCAACGCCUUCGUAAUGUUAUCAUACUGCACAAGUGCGUGGACGACACAAUUGUCUUUCUCAUCUUCAAAGUUUAUUUUUUUUACAAUUUUUCCAAACACGUAUGUGAUUAUCUGAGAGAGCUUAACGCGUCAUAUGUACAAAAAAAUGGACUAAAAAAUAGUGAGCACAAAAUGGAAGCUCCCUUCGCGCCAGAAAAAGACGCCCAAAGCCAGGAACAAAAGAAGCUAAUGCUAACAAAUAAAAAAAAAGAAAUUUACGAAACCUUUAAAAAGGUGAAAGACGUUUUUGAAAGUAAUUUAAUGAAAGAUAAUUCCAUAAAAAACAUUAUGUUCAGCAUAUUAAACGUGAUAAAAACCUACCUAUUGCAGGAGAAAAUUGUUACCUUCCCCGUUGAAAUGGUGCUGGACUUUGACAAAAGUAAAAUCUGUUCAGAUGAUAAUCUAAAUUACUAUUACUUAUAUAAGGAUAUAAAAAUUCCAGUUCCUCUUUACGCCGUUCCACAAAGAAUUAAUAAGGUAUUUGAAAUAAAUUACAUGCCGAAUGUCAGAAAAAAUCACAUGAGAGAUGAAUCAAAAAGCAGUUAUGUAUUUUCUGCGAAAAAAUAUGUCCAGGUGAUGAACAAAAUAGAAGAUGAUGUAAAUCAAUAUAGAAGAAAUUCGCAACAUGACGAAAAUAUGAACGUAAAGAAUUAUAUAGAAACAUAUUGCGUACAAAAUGGUAUCGUAUUUUUGCAAAAAAAUGAUCGUAAAAUAAACGGAAAUGUAGUCUAUUCGAUUAACAAUUUUUCCAUAUAUAUUAGCAACAAUAUUAUAUACCUUUAUGGAAAUGAAGAAUGGAAACCAAUCCUGUUACGCGAUCUUUUGACAAAAUUUUAG